AUGGAAGCUCGAUGGAAUUUUGUCUUACUGCUGCUCGGUCUGCUGCAGCUCACGGCUGGCAAGCCCAUGGGCAACGUAAUAGAUUUGGAUGCCUAUUUCGAGAGUGCGGAUAGCAGCUCGCAGGAGCGCGUGGUGGGCGGCUAUGAUGUGCCCGACGAUGAGUAUGUGCCCUACCAGGUGUCCAUGCAGUUUUUAACGCGCAGCGGCAAAAUGCGGCACUUUUGCGGUGGCUCCCUAAUAGCGCCCAACCGGGUGCUCACCGCGGCGCACUGCGUCAAUGGGCAGAAUGCGAGCCGGAUCAGCGUGGUUGCGGGCAUACGUGAUCUGAAUGACAACAGCGGCUAUCGCGCCCAGGUGCAGUCGUACGAGAUGAACGAGCACUACGAGGAGCUGGUGACCAGCGAUAUAGCUAUUCUGAAGAUCGAUCCACCCUUCGAGUUGGAUGGCAAACGCGUGGGCACCAUCGAUGUGAGCAGCAAUGAGCUGGUUGGAGCUGAUCAGGAAGUGCUGCUAACCGGUUGGGGCUCUGUGUUUCACUUUGGCACCGGACCCUUUGCCAAAUACCCCACAAUACUGCAGAAACUCUCCUACAAGACGCUCGACAAUGCCAAGUGUAAGCAUACGAUGACUCAGCUGACGGAUACGGAGAUAUGCGCGCUGGAACGGUUUGGCAAGGGCGCCUGCAAUGGCGAUUCGGGCGGUCCUUUGGUCAUGGCCAACGGCGAAUCGCUGAAGCAGGUGGGCGUCGUCUCAUAUGGCACUGCCUUCUGCGCCUCCAAUAGUCCCGAUGUUUACACUCGCGUCUCCAUGUUUGAUAAUUGGAUUAAAGAGCGCAUGGCCUAGGCGGAAUAGGCAUAG